CUCCCGUCCUGCCCUGCCGCCAUUUGAACGGUGCUGUGACUGCCGCCCCGCUCCCGUCCUGCCCUGCCGCCAUUUGAACCCGGCUGCGGCUGCCGCCCCGCUCCCGUCCUGCCCUGCCGCCGUUUGAACGGUGCUGUGACUGCCGCCCCGCUCCCGUCCUGCCCUGCCGCCGCCAUUUGAACCCGGCUGCGGCUGCCGCCCCGCUCCCGUCCUGCCCUGCCGCCGUUUGAACGGUGCUGUGACUGCCGCCCCGCUCCCGUCCUGCCCUGCCGCCGCCAUUUGAACCCGGCUGCGGCUGCCGCCCCGCUCCCGUCCUGCCCUGCCGCCGUUUGAACGGUGCUGUGACUGCCGCCCCGCUCCCGUCCUGCCCUGCCGCCGCCAUUUGAACCCGGCUGUGACUGCCGCCCCGCUCCCGUCCUGCCCUGCGCCGCCAUUUGAACCCAGCCAUGGCGGCCGCCCCAGACGCCGUGCCCGAGGAAUGGCGACUCUACUUCGUGUCCGCUCGCAUUGCCACCUUCUGCAACUGGCCGUUCACUGAGGGCUGCGCCUGCACCCCCGAGCGGAUGGCGGCGGCAGGUUUCGUCCAUUGCCCCAGCGAGAACAGCCCCGACGUGGCACAGUGCUUCUUCUGCUUCAAGGAGCUGGAGGGAUGGGAGCCCGACGAUGACCCUCUGGAGGAACACAAAAAACACUCUGCAGGCUGUGCUUUCCUUAACCUUCAGAAAGAUGCCACUGGCCUGACGCUGCAGGAGUUCCUGAAGCUGGACAAAGAACGAAUGAAAAACUUAAUUAAAAGAAGUGUUUUCCAGAAGGUGACCAGCAUUGAAGAUGAGGCUGCAAAUGUGCGUCGUCAGAUAAAGAACCUGGCCUCCUAGGACUCUAGCUUCUCCCUUGCUGGUCACACCUGCCUGGGAUGUGAUCUCUGCCACUGCCCUUUCCAUCCAAGACUGCAUUCCAGAUGUCUCUGUGAGAAGCAGACUGUUCUCUGUCUCACUCCCCUGAACCUACCUGGGAAGUACCUGGGAUUCAGCACACUGCCUAUGGGCCCAUUUUGUCCUGCUGGGAUUCUCUUGGUUUUCCUAAGGAUUGAUACUUGUGGUUUUGUUUGCUCUUUGUUUUUAAACUCUGCUGUUUCUGGUUUCGGAGAUGCAGGUAGCUCUGGUGCAAAAAACUUUUCUCUUGCAAAAGCUAACAGACAUUUCAGUUUUGGUAUUUGAUAUGUCAAUGCCUGUAGAAAUCUGUAAAGAGUGUACAAAACUUCUUCAGGGGGUUGGGAUUGGGGCUGAUGUCUUAGUUAAAUCUUGGUGUGCCUGGUAUCCUUGUAACCUUUUCUUUGUAGUUGGCUGCUGCUUGCCGCUGCUGUGUUUGUAAAUAAAAGCUGAAGAAAAAACAGCAAAGCAAAUCUACUUUGUUUUCUGGAGGAAAAAUAUUUUGACCUGUGGUCCCUGGAGACAUUCAGGAUCAGACUUCCUGUGGCCCUGCACAGCCUGAUCUAGUUGGAGGUGUCUCUGCUGACUUGCAGGGGUGCUGGGCAAGGUGACCUUUGAGAGUCUUUUCCAA